GAUGCCGCCAUUAGCGUCUCUGCAACUUCGGAGGCUCUUACUCCGAUCCUUACGUUCUCGUUCCUUAUCAUUCAUCUCUUCCUCUUCAAUUCGACCUCCUUCUAUUCUUCCCCAACAACCCUCUUCCAAUCUCUCAUCACAUUUCAAGUCCCCAAGCAUUUUCACUCCACCUUCACUAUUCACAAUCAGACAUUUCUCAUCGGAAACCCAAACCAUCCCAGAAGAUCCGGAUCCGAUUGCUCGCUCCAUCUCCUCGGAGCUUCUCAAAGACCCGGACUCGGACCCUCUCUCCGUGUCGCAGCGCCUCCAACUCAGCUUCUCACACAUCACACCCACACCCAAUUUGGUUCUCCAAACCCUAAAUCUCUCCUCCGAAGCUGGCCGCACCGUGCUAGGGUUCCACCAAUGGCUCGCUUCGAACCCCAAAUUCGCCCACACCGACGACACUCUCUCCUAUUUUGUCGACUACUUCGGCCGCCGCAAGGACUUCAAGGCCAUCAACGACGUCCUCGCCGGCGGCGGGGCGGGGCCCAAAACCCUAGAAUCGGCGAUCAACCGGCUCGUCCGCGCGGGGCGGCCGAGCCAGGCGGUUCAAUUUUUCUCGAGAAUGGAGAGGGAUUACGGGUUGAAGCGCGAUCGCGGUUCGCUGAAUGUGGUUGUGGAGAAUCUGUGCGAGAAGGGUUUCGCGAGUUAUGCGGAGAAGAUGGUGAAGGAUUUGGCGAGGGUGUUGUUCCCGGACGAGGCCACGUGCGAUUUGCUGAUCAGAGGUUGGUGCAUUGAUGGGAAGAUCGACGAAGCUCGAAGGCUUGCUGGGGAGAUGUAUCGUGGAGGUUUUGAGCUUGGCGUUGGGGCUUAUAACGCCAUGCUUGAUUGUGUGUGCAAGCUCUGUCGCGAGAAGGAUCCAUUUCGGCUUCAUUCGGAGGCUGAGAAGAUGUUGGUGGAAAUGGAUUAUCAUGGGGUUCCUAGGAAUGUGGAGACAUUCAAUGUGUUGAUAACGAAUUUGUGUAAGAUUAGGAAGACUGAGGAUGCGUUAAGUUUGUUCCAUAGAAUGGGAGAGUGGGGAUGUUAUCCCAAUGAGACUACUUUUGUUGUUUUGAUUAAGAGUCUGUAUCAGGCUGCAAGGUUGGAAGAGGGAGAUGAAAUGAUUGAUAGGAUGAAAUCUGCUGGAUAUGGUGGGGCACUUGAUAAGAAGGCUUACUAUCAAUUCAUCAACAUUUUGUGUGGCAUUGAGAGGAUUGAUCAUGCUUUGAGUCUUUUUGCCAAGAUGAAGGCUGAUGGGUGUGAACCUGGGAUUCAAACUUAUGACUUGUUGAUGGGGAAAUUGGGUGCCCAUAAUCGUGUUGAUAAGGCUAAUGCUCUCUUUAAUGAAGCCCGGAGUAGAGGACUGCCUGUUAUUCCUAAAGAGUAUGCUGUUGACCCAAGAUACUUGAAGAAGAAGGUUAAGGUUGUGAAGGGUAAGAAGAAGAGGGAAACCUUGCCUGAGAAAAUGGCUAGGAAGAGAACUCGGCUGAAACAGAUUCGGUUGAGUUUUGUGAAGAAGCCUAAACGAAUGAUGCGUCGAGCUUUUUGAUCUCAUUUUUGUACUUCAAAGGUUUUGGAAUAGAUUUCUCUAUUUUAUAUCAUUGUUUCCUUUGUGUCAUGGUUAGUUCUACUCUUAACAUAUUCCGAAAUAAAUUCUUGUAUGGAAAACCGUUCCUUUGUUGGACAUAACCGCAUUCGUUUGAUCAUCCUCUUUGUUAGAAGUGACUUAUGCUUGCAUUUCUUAUUGAGCACGUGAGGGGUGUUGUGCUUGUGCCCUGUGCUAGACACUUAGUCUCCGAGGUGUGUCCUUUGGUGCAUGUAAGAUUAGUAGGAGAAGAAGGCCUCUGAUAGGUGUUUGAUUGUAAAUGAUGCCAGUGUUUUGUAACUCGAUGACCUUCUUUACUUAUUUUGGGUUUGAUCAACUUCCUAUCAU